AUGGCUGGUCGAGCUGGUCGUCGAGGAUUGGACCCCCAGGGAACUGUUAUCAUAGUUUCUCCGAUGGAUGAAGCGCCGGCUUACCCUACGCUAAAUCACAUGAUCCUCGGUGACCCAACGAAAUUGCAAAGUCAAUUCCGCUUGACAUACAACAUGAUCCUCAACCUUCUUCGUGUUGAAGCUUUAAAGAUAGAAGAAAUGAUUAAGCGGAGCUUCAGUGAGAACACGACGCAAACGAUGAUGCCCGAACAUGAAAGGCAGGUUGCUUUGUCUGAAGAGGGGUUGAAAAAAUUGAAAAAAGAAGACUGUGAGAUUUGUAGCGUUGAUCUUGAGGCUUGUCAUAGUGCUUGCAUCAGACUAAAGGUUUUGUCGGGAGAUGUAUUACUGAGGUCGUUGGCGACUACCCAUGGCAGGCGAUUGUUCACUCCUGGACGGCUAAUUGCCAUACAAGAAGAAAAUGGACCUAGGACUGUUGGCGUACUCCUGAACGAUGGAAUACUUCAGGGCACCCGCCCUCUGCUCCAGGUAUUGUGGCUUAAACCUGACACCAACAAAAAAUCCUCCAGUGAUUUGAUUCCGUUUCCGGCCUGCUCCUCUCUGGAUUUACCCAAUACUCCCCCAAAAGAGUGGAAACUUAGAGAGUUCAUCAUUCCAGUAUUCAUUCGUCGUGGAGACAAGUUAGCAAUCGCAGGAUUACAGGCACAGCUCCUAGAUUUGCUUGGGGAUUGGAAAAAACCAGAAUGGAUCGAAGGCGAUUGGAGUAAGAUUAAUGAUAUGACUUUCAUUGAGCUUCGUCAAUCGAAGAAACAGGAGACUGCAACUAUAUUGAACUCUACAUGUCUUUCGUGUCCUAACUUUGUUACCCACUUUGCUAUGCGACACGAAGAAUUUUUACUUCAGGAUAAUAUUUCCAAGCUGAAACAAUUGAUCUCUGAUCAGAACUUACAACUUUUACCCGAUUAUGGGCAACGAGUUUCGGUAUUGAAGGAAUUGGGAUUUAUUGAUGACAACCAAAAUGUUCUACUAAAAGGACGGGUAGCCUGCGAGGUCAAUUCAACAAGUGAGCUCGUCUUGACAGAAUUAGUACUGGAAAAUGUUCUCGCGGAAUACGAACCCGAGGAAAUCGUCGCCCUUCUCUCUGCCUUCGUAUUUA